AUGGGGCCCCCGGGCAAUAGGGGAUCAUGGGGCCCGUGUCCUUGCCCAAAUUCAAAAAAGCCUAUGAAAAAGGUACCAGGGGCAUCUCAUGGGGCCCCCUACUGACCCCCGGGCCCUGGGGCAGUGCCCAAGUUUCCAAAUGGUCAGUCCACCCCUGGAGGAGACUCACCUAGUCUCUUGGUAAAUGAAAGAAGAAUUCGAGAACAGGAACUAAAAGAAAUGGGAUUUUUUUGUAAAUAUAUAUCCUUUAAUUUGUUUUUUUUAUACUGGAUGUUCCACAGAUGGUGGA